AUGGUAGCCUAUACCUAUCUGAGUUACGUAUACACCUACCUUGCUCUAACAUUUCCCAACUCCCAACCUACAACCACACACCUAUACAUGCCCAUCAUGUCCUCAAUAGGGCCACAGCUCCCCUCGCAGCCCUCCACAAAGCGCAAGCACUCCGCCGAGCCCGACGACGACCACGGCGCCGCGUCCUCCUCUUCUAAACACGCGCGGCGCAACGCCGACGAAAUCAAUCUCGACGACGACGACGCUUCCUCCUCCUCCUCCUCCUCCUCCUCCGAUGACUAUGGUCCUCGCGCGCCCGCGGCGGCACCCAUAGACUCCAAGCCGUCUUUGGGUCCUUCAUUACCGCCGCCCACUCCCUCUACGCGGAACCAAGACGAGAUUGACCUCGAUGACUCUGCCUCCUCCUCCUCCCACACCGGUCCUGCACCGCCACCACCACCACCAUCACAUGCGACAGCCGCAACAGCACAGCCCAUACCUGCCUCCUCCGAUUCCGACUCUGACUCUGACGACUACGGCCCAGCCCUACCCAGCGCCUCCAACACCCGCCGCGGGCCCAUCGGCCCAACCCUCCCUCCCACCACCGACCCGUCCGCACCUACGCGCGACGAAUGGAUGCUCGCGCCGCCCGUCAACACUGGCUACACCGAACGCGACCCCACCAAACUCAAAGCGCGCAAAUUCACCUCCUCCAAGCCCGGCCGCGGCGGCGGCGGCCCUGCCCCUUCCUCCUCCUCCGGCUCUGGCUUGGCCGCCAUCUGGACCGAAACGCCCGAAGAAAAGCUCAAGCGCUUGCAAGACGCCGUGCUCGGGCGCUCCGACGCCAGCGGGCAGUCUGCCGAAGCGGCCGCGGCGGCUACGGCGCGCACGCGCGACGAGGAUGAACGGAAUAGCAAGGUCGCGGCGGCAAUUGCGGCGCACCGCGGGAGGAGCCUCUACGACGAGCACCAGGCGAUAAAGAAUGGUGGCGGCGGCGGUAGUGGGAAGCAUAAAAAGACUAGAAAGGGAGGCGAGGAGGAAGACGAUCCGAGCAAGAGAGCUUUUGACCGGGAAAAGGACAUGGCGCUGGGGAGCAAGAUUGGCACGGCGCAGCGCAGAGAGUUGGUGGCCAAGAGCGCCAACUUUGGAGGACGAUUCCAAAAGGGCUCCUUUUUAUAA